AUGAACGUGAGCCGAUCAGCUGUUCGUCCGGUAAUUGCGGUCCCCGUGGGUCCUACUGGUGGAGCUAACGAUAGACCACCAGUGAGAAUGAAGGAUAUUCAGGGGAUGCCAGGAACCACCGGCGGCCUCAUCCUCCGCUUCUCUCAGUUCGUCCCCGCUUUCAUCUCCCUCUCCGUCAUGCUCACCACCCCAGACGUCCACUCCACCGCACUCGGUGGUUUGGUUUUUGCGGUUAGUCUUCAAAGCAUGUGGAGUUUGUCUCUUUUUAUCAUCGAUGCUUAUGCUCUUUUGGUGGGAAGAAGUCUUCGGAAUCACUUGGUUGUUCAAUGUUUCGCACUUGGAGAUGGAAUCACAUGCAUACUUACGUUUGCAACUGCUUCUGCGUCUGCUGGCAUAACCAUACUCAUGAAGGAUCUUGAUAAAUGUGGUUGUAGUCAUUGUACCAGGUUCGAGACCGCUACAGCAAUGGCUUUCAUCAGCUGGUUUGCUGUGUCUCCUUCCUUCUUUCUCAACUUUUGGUCCUUAGCCACCCACUAA